UCCAGGUCUGUAACCUGCUGCUUGUAGCUGAGGAGAUCGGGGCGAGCUUGGGAUCCACGCCAUGGUCACUGCACCUCCCAAGCGGAAGCAAGACGACUGACUGACUUAGAUCCCCCGGCUGCGCCUGCGCAGAGUAUGGGGCGCGGGCCCUUGAGUGAAAACAACGUUGUUGCUGACGUCACCAUGCAGCGAGCGCCUCAGCUGCUUUUACUGUCACCAGGGAAGGCAGAUGUGCUGACUCGCAGAACCCUAGUUUCUCUAGAGUCUUCUAGACGUUCUGCACGUGGCACCUGACGUUCAGGUGUAGGAUCCGUCUGCAGUUAAUUCUGUGCAGGAUGCAGUGACCUAUGACGAUGUGCAUGUGAACUUCUCCCGAGAAGAGUGGGCUUUGCUGGAUCCUUCUCAGAAGAGUCUCUACAAAGAUGUGAUGCUGGAAACCUACUGGAACCUUACUUAUAUAGGCUACAUAUGGGAAGACCACAAUAUUGAAGAUAAUUGUCAAAGUUCUGGAAGACAUGGAAGGUAUAUCAACUGUCCCUCUGGAUAUGGAAAGAAGCAGUGUACCUCUGAUCUCUUUCCUGGAACAAUUAGAAGAUAUGUAGUCAUUCCCUUUGUGAGAAGAGGAGGUGAAUGGGAUACAAGUUUACAAGUACUUGGCUUUCCAGCUUCAGUGGGAAUACAUCAAAAUACUGACAUUGGAGAAAAGCCCUAUGAGUACAAGAAAGGUGGAAAGUCUUCUGUCUGUCCUGGUUCACUUUGCACAUGUAGUGUGACUCACACUAUAGGAAAAUGUUAUGAAUGCAAUCAGUGUGGUAAAUCUCUGAGUUCUUCCAGUCCUCUUCAGAGACGUAAGCAAACUCAUAUGGGAAAAGGAAGUGAUCAAUGUGAGCCAAGUAGUCAAAGCUUAACUCAUCACAGGUGUCUUCAAAUACAGAAGACAACCUACAGUGAAGAGGACCUCUGUGAGUGGAAUCAAUGUGGUAAAUCCUCUUUACAGUUACACCGAAGAACUCAUUUGGAAAUGAAAUGCUGUGAAUAUAAUCACGAAGACAAACUCAUUACACACCAGAAUAGUAAUCAAGUAGGUAGAACUAAUACUAGAGACACAAAGCAUGACUACCAUCAAUGGGGUAAAACCUUUGCAUGUUCCAGUUAUCUUCAAAUACAUGAAAUAAUUCAUCCUGGAGAGAAACCCUUUGAAUGUAGUCAGUGUGGUAGAACCUUUACAGGUCACAGUACUCUUCAAAUGCACGAAAGAAUUCAUACUGGAGAGAAACCCUAUAAAUGUAGUCAAUGUGGUAAAACCUUUGCAUGUAAGAGGUAUCUUCAAAUACAUGAAAGAAUUCAUACUGGAGAGAAACCCUAUAAAUGUAAUCAGUGUGGUAAGGCCUUUGCAUGUAAUAGUUAUCUUCAAAUGCAUGAAAGAAUUCAUACUGGAGAGAAACCCUAUAAAUGUAAUCAAUGUGGUAAAGCCUUUGCAUGUAACAGUAAUCUUCAAAAGCAUGAAAGAACACACACUGGAGAGAAACCCUAUAAAUGUAAUCAAUGUGGUAAAGCCUUUACAUGUCACAGUACUCUUCAAAUCCAUGAAAGAACACACACUGGAGAGAAACCCUAUAAUUGUACUCAAUGUGGUAAAGCCUUUGCACGGAAAAGGUAUCUUCAAAUCCAUGAAAGAAUUCAUACUGGAGAGAAACCCUAUGAAUGUAAUCAAUGUGGUAAAACCUUUGCAUAUAGCAGUAGUCUUAACAAGCAUGAAAGAACUCAUACUGGAGAGAAACCCUUUGAAUGUAAUCACUGUGGUAUAGCCUUUGCAUGUCUUAGUACUUUUCAAAAGCAUGAAGGAAUUCACACUGAAAAAAUCCCCCAGCAAUCUAAGAAAUGAGGUGUAGCCUUGCAUACUACAUUCAUUUUCCCAUCUCAAUUUCUCAGUGGUGUUUGAUUAAGAUUAGUAGAACCAUUUCUUCAUUAAAAUAUUGUUUCAUUUUCAAAUUUUAGAUAUAUUGUCACUCCAAAAUAUAAGAAUACCAGACAAUUUGAAUAAUAAAAUCUAUUUGUGAAUCAAAAUA